CACGCUGGUCAAGGUACCUACUACGAUACCGGCUUGGGUGCUUGUGGUAUCACCAACGUCGAUACCGACUUCAUUGUCGCUGUCUCCAAGGAUCUUUUCGACGAAAACCUCACCGACGGAAACCCUAACCACAACCCAUUGUGUGGAAAGAAAAUCAGAGCCUUCUACCAAGGAAAGUCUGUAGAUGUCGCCAUCACCGACAGAUGUGUCGGCUGUAAGUACAACGACUUGGACUUCUCGCCUGCUGCUUUCGAAACCAUCGCUGACAUAGCUUUGGGUAGAAUCGAUAUCACUUGGGAAUGGCUUUAG